AUCGUGGUGUCGUACGGAACGUGUUGGUGCAUUUGUGUUGUGUGCUUGGUGGUCGGUUCCGCUUCAGCGGAUUAUCGCUGCGAUCUCAUCGACGCAGAGCCCCAUUAGCGAAGUUGUCGUGCAGAUUUCUUCGUAAAACCGGAUAUAAAAAGAUAAAUUUCAAAGCAAAGUUCCACGUGCGUUUCGUAAUCCAGUGGCACACCGUCAAGGACUCGUCAAAGAGAAACACAGUGAUUUGAGACAUAAAAAAGACCGGGACUUUGAAAACUCUCGUCCCUUAAACCCAACAGCGGCGUCAAUCAGAAAAACCGCUCCGUUAGGGGAUCAGUUCGUACUUUUUUUUUCCCGGUUUCCUAGCCGCCGAAAAGCAUUUCCCGAAAUACCACCAACACCAGGUGACUGCGGCCCUGUCACCCCCUCACGACCCCCCGGGAAGGAUGGAACUCUCGCGGAUAAAAGCCCUUUACUGUGGCAUCAUAUUUCAGCUGCUGUUUACCCUCGCUCUACCGCUGCCCUACACAAAGUAUGGCCGUACCUGCAGCGAUAUCGGUUGCCUGUCCAGCCAGGUGUGCGUGAUGGUCCACGACUCGUGCUCGCUUGGGCAACGCGAGGGUAACGAUUGUGGCCGGUACCCGACCUGCAAAAAGAACACCGAUCCCAGCGUCAAUGCCGGACCGAGUGCGGGAGCAAGCAACGUGUACAACAACGGUCCACGUCCGUCGGCUCCGGUCGGAAAUGGUGGGGACGAUGAUGUCCUUGGAACGCUCGGUCUCAACCCGAACAAUCCGUACGGCCAGCGGCCGACACCGGCCCCAACCCGUCCAGCUUCGUCCGGUGGACUUUAUCCGUUGCUUCCGACCGACAACAAUCCGGGCAAUCGCUACGGUGGCGGAAACAACGGCUAUAACGGAGGUGGUGGAGGAAACAACGGCUAUAACGGAGGCUCUGGAGGAAACAGUUACAACGGAGGUGGUGGAGGUUACGGAGGAGGUGGUGGUGGUGGAUCUCGACCGGGACAAUUCGAUGGCGCCGGUGGAAACAUCGUCGUGCCGACGCAGAAACCGCCCGCCUCGAGCGGAGGCUUCUUCGGCGGAAUCCUGAGCGGUGUCCAGAAUGCCGUCUCGAACGCGGUCAAGCAGCAGGUCGGAACGUACAUCAACCAGCGACUCGGCAUUGGACCGGCGGCCGGUGGUGCCGCGGGUGGAGCCGGUGGACUCGGUGGCCUGUUCGACGCACGCAACCUCAUCGACAACAAGAAAUUUGGUGGCCUGUUCUCGGAGAACAAACCGGCCGGUGGUGGCCAAGCUUCCGGUGGUACGCCCGUUGCCGGACCGGGCGGAUAUCCGGUGACCGUCGAUCAGCGUACGUCGGCCUCGAACUACUACGCCCAGCCGCAACAAUCGUACGGCCAGUACAACGCCGGCACCCGUACGACGGCACGCCCAGGCUACGGGUGGAACUAACUCUACCCACACCAAUACUCACCUCGCACCAACGCCACCGCAAGGGCAGCUAUAUAUCGUACCCUAUAACCUCCAUAUAUGAUAUUACUUGGCACUACAUGAAGAAACAAACGAGUGUAUACACAACAUGCCAAACCAUUUCCACUCGACAAUGUCCUCCGCCUUCCAAUAGCGUAAAAGUGCCACUUGCCUCGGCUAGAAUUCAUUCGGGUGGAACAUUCCACGCUAAUUUUGUGUGUGUUUUUAAGCAAUUUUUCGAAGCGGGUAAUGCAUCGCUCUUUACAACAACUAUUGUUUUUCUGUGCAUCUAUAUACUUUAACUGUGACUAAUCAAACAAAAUAAAACACAAAAGCACUGAAU